GACCAUGUGGCACACAGGGAUGAACAUUGAAAGUUUGAGAAAUUCAUAGAAAACAAGAACUUUUUUGAUAAGAUUCACCACUCCAUUUAUUCAUCAAGCAAGCAAGAAAAACAAGCAGUUAUGCCGGCUUGGUCAUAAAUAAGACAUGGAAAAUCAAACCAAAGUGCCUUACUUUCUGCUUCUGGAAUUCUCAAACAAUCGGCAUCUGCAGAUUUUGCAUUUCUUCUUCUUCUUUGUGUUAUAGGUGGCUACUCUAACAACAAAUCUUCUCAUCAUCUUUGCAGUUGCUUUUGACCAUGGACUGCACAGCCCCAUGUACUUCUUUUUAAUGAAUUUGGGUCUGCAGGAUCUGGGCAUUACUUCAGUCAUUGUGCCAAAAUCCAUGAUAAAUUCUCUCAUGGACACCAGAUAUAUCUCUUACUUUGGUUGUGUUACUCAAUAUUUUUUCUUUCUCUGUUUUGAAGCUUCUGAUUUAUCCCUCCUGACAGUUAUGGCAUAUGAUCAGUAUGUUGCCAUUUGCCAUCCAUUGCACUAUGAAAUGGUGAUGAAUUUGAAAUACUGUACUGAAAUAAUAAUUCUAGUGUGGGUUACAGGUCUCCUCUAUGGAAUGUUGCAUACCACUGCCACCUUUUCCAUUCUUUUUUGUUCUAAUGUGAUCAACCAAUUUUUCUGUGAAAUUCCACAAUUGCUAAAACUACCCUGUUCUGGCUUAAAUCUUCUUGAGGUUGGAGUUCUAGUGAUUGGUAUUAUUGUUGGACUAGGUUGUUUUACUUUUAUAGUUGUAUCUUAUGCAGUAAUCUUUAAGACAGUAUUAAGAAUCCCUUCUGAAAAAGGAAGGCAAAAAGCCUUAUCCCCUUGUAUUCCCCAUCUUACGGUAGUGUCUAUGUUAUUACUCAGUGGAUGCUUUGCCUAUCUGAGACCUUCCUCUAAUACUCCAUCUUACUUAGAUAUUGGAUUGACUGUUCUGUAUGCCCUCCUUCCACCCUUGUUCAAUCCAAUCAUCUAUAGCAUGAGAAAUAAGAAUGUCAAAUGUGUCCUUUCUAAACUUUGGAGAUUGUGA